UUAAAUUCUUGAACUACCCCUUGAUAAUCACUAGUUCCUUCACCAAAAAUGCCUUCAUCUUCCCCUUCCAAAGUUAGUCGCUUUUCUGAAUCAGAAAAUUCAAAGGAAACAAUGAGCUUGAAAUACAAAGAUAUAAUAUCAAACCUCCCAAAACUAGACCCCCCUCAUCCUACUUAUGAAAUCUUUCAAUACAAUGGCUUUUGGUUCCAUUCUAGCACUUUAGAAGCAACUUUAUCCCUCUCAGAAAACUUCAAGGCUCAACCCUCUGAUAUUUUCCUUUGUAGUUCUCCAAAAACAGGUACCACUUGGCUUAAAGCCUUGGCAUUUUCUAUUAUGACUCGAGAUCGUUUCUUGGAUGAUGAUUCGACAAACCCUUUAUUUAACAAGGUACCCCACGAGUGCGUAGCAACGUUGGAAGUCGAUUAUUACGCCAACCCUAGUGCCCUGGACACUGAAUUGCCAGUGUUGGCUACACAUCUCCCUUAUGCUUGCCUUUCACCAACUAUAGUACAGUCUGAUUGCAAGAUCAUUUACAUAUGUAGGGAACCGAAAGACACCUUUGUUUCUUGGUGGCAUUACGGUAAAAAGCAACAAGAAACCUUCGGUGUAGAGAGUGGUAUUACACUCGAACAAGAAUUCAAAUGGUUUUGUGAUGGUACGUCCAUGUAUGGACCCUAUUGGGACCAUGUCUUGGAAUACUUUAAGGAAAGUGUAGAGAGACCGGAGAGGGUGUUCUUCUUAACGUACGAGGACUUGAAGAGUGACACGUUGUGCUAUGUGAAGAAAUUGGCGGAGUUUAUGGGGAAGCCAUUCUCUGAGGAGGAAGUGAAUCAAGGUGUGGUUGAAAAAAUAGUUGCACGUUGUAAUAUCAAAAGUUUGAGCAAUUUAGAGGUGAAUAAGAGCGGCUAUUUUGACUUAAAACCUUGGAAAAUCAAUAAUAGUUCCUUUUUCCGUAAAGGAGAAGUUGGAGAUUGGAAGAAUCUUUUAACUGAAGAUAUGGCAAACUCAAUUGACCAAAUAACACAGGAAAAAUUCCAGUCUGUGGGCUUGUAUUCCCUUAGCGAGAACAAAACAAAGGAUUAAGGAAGUAUUAAUGAACGUUUGGAGAUUGCUUUUGGUUUUUCAUUUAAUUCUGUCUUUCUUCUUGUUGAUCUUCUUGAGUUCUCAUGUACCAUGUCUGAUGUCUGUAUCUUGUUAUGAUUUGCAAUAAAAUGGUUAUUCUGAAUAUCCUGAUUUUUCUAAUCCGGUUAUUCUAGACGUGAAUUUAUGGGAUGUUAUUGAGUUAAAUAUUCCAUUAACUGAUUGAAAGAGCUACAUUUAUAUAGGGUCAACUACAUAUAUAUACAUCUUAAGAACAAAAAUUUACGAAACGUGACGAUAGUUUUAUACUUACAAAACAUAACAUUAGAAAUCCUAUACAAAACAUGUUUUAUAUUUUUUAAAAUUUUUUAAAAUUUUUUUUUUGUUUUUUUAUUUUUUUAAAAAAAUUAAUAUUUUUUCGCUCAAAAACUUAUGUAUGAAGUUGUAUGAAAUGUGUAUAUCUCGCUCAAGACUUAAAAAGUU